UCGUGCCGCCGGGCGGGGGGGGCGCUCGCCCUGCAAGCCCCCCCCCGCCCCACGGCGCACCGGGGCGACCGGGCCUCCCUGCAAGGGGGGGGCCCGACCCGGCCCGGCCCGGCGCGGCCGAUGGCCCCUCGCCGCCGGCCCCGCGCAGCUGGGGGGCCCAGCCCCAUGUGGUGGAUCUGCGCAGCGACACAGUGACCCGGCCCAGCGCGGAGAUGAGACAGGCCAUGGCCCAGGCCGAGGUGGGGGAUGACGACUAUGGGGAGGACCCGACGGUCAAUGAGCUGCAGCACGUGGCCGCCCAGCUCCUAGGAACGGAGGAGGCUUUGUUUGUGCCAACGUCGACCAUGGCAAACCUCAUUGCUGUGAUGUGCCAUUGCCAGCGAAGGGGGGCUCAGCUGCUCGUCGGGAGGGAGGCCCAUCUGCACGUCUUCGAACAGGGAGGGGUUGCUCAGGUAGCUGGGGUCCAUUCCCAGGUGCUGCAGAAUCUGCCAGAUGGCACCUUGGACCUCGACGAGCUGGAGUCGACAGUCCGUGCGGGUUAUGGCAGCCGGUACCACCCUCGCUCAGUGCUCAUCUGCCUGGAGAACACCCACAACUCUGCAGGGGGCCGGGUGCUCCCCCUUGCCUACCUCAGGGAGGUGCGCCUGCUUGCUGACCGCUACAGGCUGCAUAUCCACAUGGACGGGGCACGGCUGAUGAAUGCAGCUGUGGCCCAAGGCGUCGCCCCGGCUCAGAUCACCCAGCACUGCGACUCCGUCUCCCUCUGCUUCUCCAAGGGGCUGGGUGCCCCGGCCGGAGCACUGGUUGCUGGUUGCAGAGAGUUCGUGGCAGAGGCCUGGCGCAUGCGGAAGCUGCUUGGUGGAGGGAUGCGCCAGGCAGGGGUGCUGGCGGCAGCUGCCCGCGUAGGGCUGGAGCGCAUGGAGGAGACGCUGCAGAGAGACCACGGCAACGCCCGCAGCUUCGCCCAAGGCGUCUGGGAGCUUGGCUCGCCCAUCUGCUCCGUCGACCCCUCGGCCGUGGAGACCAACAUGGUGCUGGUGACGGUGGCUGUGCCCUGGCUGUCCCCUGAGGAGCUGUGUGAGCGCAUGCAGGCGGUGAGCGAGGAGGAGGUGGCUGAGACAGGGCGUGCUGUCAGCGUGCGGCUGUUCCCAUGGGCCGCGCGCUCCCUGCGGGCCGUCUGGCACUGUGACGUCUCCGCACAGGACACCCAGCUGGCAGCCAACAAGCUGAAAUUUGUGGCCGAGCAGUGCAGGCGGGAGCGAGGUGCUGCACCCUAGAGAGGGCAGGAGGGGUGCACCCAGGCCAGACAGGAGACUGUCCCCGCCUCUGCCCUUCGGAGCCCAGGGCUGCCAAGCAAGGAUCGAACAUCCCAGCGCGAGCUGGGGGCCCAGCCUGCCCAGCAGGAUGCCACUGGCUGGCCACCCACAUGGGAACCACAGCCACUUGGCCCACAUGGCCGGCUCCAGCCACAGUGCAGCGGAGUCGGGGCUUGCCUGUCUGGGCCAGCCCCACUCGGGGAAUGGAGCCAGCCAGGGCCAUGGCAGUGGGAGUUAAACGGGGCAUGGCCCUAGUGGUUGCAUUACCCAGCCCGAUGACUGAGCCAUGCUGGGCUGCACUGCCCCUGAGCCUCCUGCUCACCUGUCUACACUUCACCGGCCCAGCCAGAAGCUGCUCACUGCUCCAAACACAGGAGCAGGCCUUCCCCACGCUGCCAGAGACGUCUGUGGAUGCAGUGCUGCUGCCAGCUGAAACAGGGCCUUGGCCCCUCUUCCCACAGUGCCUCUGGAGGUAUCCCACAAUCUAGGGUGACAGCUUCCCAGGGGCCUGGGGGCAAGGCCGGGAGUCGCGGAUCCCUGCCCAUAGGGAUGUGCGCCAUGGGCCCUGCACACAGGGCAGCGUGACCAACAGCUCUAGGAUUCCUGGGUGCCCGCUACACCCAGGGAACGUGUGAGGACCUACGCCCUGGAGCCUGGCAGCUGGGCUCCAGGCUCUGGAGUCUGCUGUAGAGGAUGCAGGGCUGGAAGCGCUGGUGCAGCGUGCUUUGCUCAGUGCCUUUGCUGGCGCGGCAGGUUUGCACCCGUUGGUUGCUGGAGCUGACAGCCAGUCCCCUCAGCUGCCAGCUGGGCAGCUUCCUUCAGGCACUGAAUCCCGCUGUGCUUCCUGGGCGCACGUGACCCCAUGCCCCCGGAUCUGCAGCCUGCCUGUGGGCUCUGGCUGGAGUUUAAGGUGUUGGUUGUGACCCACAAGCCCUAAGCGGCCCGCCUGAGGGAUUGACCCUGCCCAUGCGGUGCUGCCACAGCUGGGUCCCAGUGAUACGGGGGGGGCAGGGCAUUCUCCAUGCGGGUACUGAGCCCCUGGAACGUGCUAUGGAGCAGCCCACCGGGGGCCAUGCUGAGAGAGCCCUGGUGUAAGGGGGCAGGGCUGGGGCACCCCACGAUGGAGUCUCUGCAGUUCUUGGUUGAACGCUCCCUUUCCUGGGGCUGGCUGCAGUUGUGGGUUGAUGUGGGGGCGCCUGGAGCCUUGGAGAGGCUGCUCUACUUCCCUGUGGCUAAAUAAAGAGCAAGCUCCUGGCCUGG